CGCUGCACUUUGUGAAUGGCCACCUGUAGUCUUCUGGGACCUGUCAUGUGUCUGCAGUCUCUGGUCAUCUCCUGUACUAUGUCCGCAGUCUCUGGUCAUCUCCUGUACUAUGUCCGCAGCCUUUGGUCAUCUCCUGUACUGUGUCCGCAGUCUCUGGUCAUCUCCUGUACUGUGUCUGCAGUCUCUGACGUCUCCUGUACUAUAUCUGCAGUCUCUGGUCAUCUCCUGUACUAUGUCCGCAGUCUAUUCCAUGGACUCAAUAUGCCUCUCAGCAGAUAGCUUAGGGUGUCUACUCUCUGAAAAGUGGUCAUUUGGGGGUGUUUGUACUAUCCUGUU